UGCAAUUUGAUCCAUUCAAAGUUUAAACUACAUGCAUGACAUAAUCUAUAUAACAAAUAUCCAGUAUUUAAAGGAGAUGCACAUGCAUUCAUAAUCAUAUAUACAUUAAUCUUCAACAUCAUAGUUUAAUUUACCAUCAUAGAAAAUGUAUGCAGCAAGACUCCUUUCCAUGUACAAAAGACACCCUAGUGCUCUUUCAGAUCCACCGCCAUCAGGGCCAAAUUCAAGUUAUCUUGUGAUAUUGGAUGAGGAAGUUCAAACCUACUCUUGUUUUGGCUUGUGCAAGGACAAUAGAAUCAAGGAUUUUCCCUUACCUCAGAACAAAAAUUUAACAAUCAACUAUUCAGUAGGUGUAAACACAGACACAACAAAUGAAACCACCCGAAGUGAAGAAGCCAUGUUCAUUCCAGUUCUCAAUCAACCAUUGUCUUCGAAUCGGUACUAUGUUAUAAGAAGGAAGGGAAAGAAUCAAGGGCAAGCUAGCACAAGUUCAAAGGAAGAGGACAUGACCACAUGUUUAUGCUGCAGUUUUGUUCAAGAUGUUAAACCAAGACCUUUAGAACCCUUCAAUGAUUAUCAACAGAUUGAAAUAAUCAAGAGAGGUUAUGGUUUCCGUGCGAAAUCGGUUGCUUCAGAUGGAAUUCCUCCUGGUUUAUUAAGGGAAAAAGGGUGGAAACUUGAUGCUAGCACUCCUCACAAUUACCAUUUAAGCCAAGCUUUAGGCUCAAAUGAUUCCUUACGCUCCAAGCUACCGAAUUUCAACUUUCCGUUGUCUAAUGAUCGUUCUGAAUCAGUGGUUGUUGGGAAAUGGUAUUGUCCUUUUAUGUUUGUGAAGGAAGGAAUGAAAAUAAAGGAGCAGAUGAAGAUGUCGGUAUUCUAUGAGCUAACACUUGAGCAUAGAUGGGAGAAGAUAUUUUCGAAGGAAAGUAGUGGAGAAGGUGGUGUGGUUGUAGAUGUUGAUAUUCAAACAGAAGUUGUUAAGGUUGCAGGAAAAGAUGUUGUUUGGGAUGAAAAUAGAUUGGUUGAUGGAGUGGUUUGGUUUAAGAGUGGUGAAGAAGUGGAAGAAGAGGUGAGUGUUGGAUUGAGUUUGGAAGUUGUUAAAGGAAUGAAAUGGGAACAAGAAAUAUUUGGAUGGAUUGCUGGAAAGGGAAGACAAGUGAGAGUAACAAAAUUUGAAGAGUUUGGUGGAGCAAACAAGUGGAAGAAAGUUAGUUGUUAUGUGUUGGUUGAAAGUUUUUCAUUGAGAAGAGUGGAUAAAAGAUUGGUGCUGACUUAUGAUUUCAGACACUCACACCAAAUUAGGAGCAAAUGGGAAUGAUGAUUUUCUAAAACUUUUUACUUUAAUGUUUGGUUUUCUUGUGUAAUUAAGUAUUUAAUUGUUGUUAUUUUGUAUGUGCAACUUACGUGUGUAUCUACCCACAGUUGAUGAUAGAGCCAAUACAUUUUGGUUCCUUUAUUUGAUUAUGUAAUAGAAGGCUCAUUUGUUGUAUUUUUUUAUUAAAAAAAUAAAUGUAUGAGUAUAAUUUAGACAAUCAAAAAUACAGCUGAGCGAGA